AUGCCUGGCAAUGUAUUAGGUACGCUGGCACACUUAGAAAACCUAACUGUCAAUACCGUUGGUUACAGGCUGUGUUUUGCAGAAGAAUUUGCAGAAUUAACACAUUUACAACAGUUGAGUAUUUAUGGUAAUGCAAAGCACAUCAAUGAAAAAAGUUUUGAGAACGUCCAGCAGAUAAAAAGUUUAUACCUAAACAGCAUGAUUCUGACAAAUUUCAGCGAGAUAGCUUUCGAACCGUUCAAGAAACUUGACGUUCUUUACUUACAUGGUGUUCGUACAGGUGUUGACAAUUUACUGCUGGCUUUAAAACCCUUCAGAGGCAGAAAUAUGACCGUUAUAUACCUAGACUCUAUUAGUAUGUUUGAGCAUGAUAGUUAUCCGGGCUUCAUAAAAAACGAUGGAGUAUUAACUUUCUCUAAGACUCAAUAUCUACUGGAAGUAUGUGUGCGGGAAUUCACUUUAAGCUUCAGUGAGAUUUAUGUUAUCCAAGAAAAUGCUUUCAGGAGUGAUAUUUGGGAAAGAUGUCUUGUCAAAUUGGAUUUAUCUGCUAACCCAUUACUUGGCACAAAAGCAGCCUUUAUACGGUUACUUAAUUUUAAAAACAUCGAAAUGAUCAAUAUGGACAACAUGAUGCGACGCUGCUUUUCCACAAGUGGCGAAAAUGAUGAUGAUUUAGGUGGUACUGAGUUUAUUGAUGAUGCAGCUUUAACACCCACACAGCUCUCGUGUACUGUCGCUUCUGACAUUAGUUACCACAGUACACCUGCAUACAGCACACGCGCAAAUAAGGAAGACAAUUUUGUCAGCAACACUAAACGAUCAGCGCCCACUAAAAGUAAGAAACAGCCAGUCGACACAUGUAAAUCAACUUAUUCUCCUACAAAGUUUGUUUGGGUGACUGUAUCCAAUUCUUUACAGCGUCUGCAGCUGCAUGCCUCUCUUUCUAGCACCAGAGUCGAUAUAAAUGUCAAAUUUAUUGGAGCACAAAGUUUGACGUAUCUAGAUGUAGGUCGGGGAAAACUGUACAAGUUUCGAGGAAUUAUUACUGGCCUAGAUGCAUUACAGACAUUAAUUCUGUCUGAAAACGAUUUGUCAAGUUUGUCCGAGGCAUUUUUUGACAGUUUCUGUCAUCUGGAAGAACUGGAUUUAUCAGACUGUUCUCUUGGUGUUGACUUCAUUUCUAGAUACAGUGAUAGACUUCUAAGGAACCUGUUGAAUCUCAAACGGCUGGAUAUCUCCUUGAAUUUGCUAAACUCACUAGCCACAGAUACUUUUACUGUCAACAGAGAGUUAGAAAUGCUAAAUCUGGCCAAGAAUAGGUUCAGAACCAUCCCUUUCAGCCUGCAGAAUACCCCGAAUCUCAAAGUCUUAGACAUUCGUAAGAACUCCCUGUCAACCAUUGAACUCGGAGACCGAGAACUUUUAGACAUUUUAGCUAAACAGCCUGACGGAUUUAAGUUGCUUCUUUCUGGAAACGAAAUCUCGUGUGACUGUGACAAUUUCCGAUUUCUUCAUUGGCUAACAACUACCCACGUUCAACUGGAUGAUAUAACUAUAGCAUGCUUUGAUGUUAACAACAACACAACUAACUUCCGUCUAUUUGUGGACGUAGACAGAUUCUUUCGAAAAUGUCUGGGUGGGUUUUUUCUAACUGUCGCCAUUAGUCUUUUCCUUCUCAUUGUCAUCGGAUUUCUUGUUUUCUUCUUUGUACUUAAACAUAAACUUUUUAUCAGAUCUGCAAUAUUAAAAGUCUUCACUGGAUAUAAGCUCAAAGCGCAGUCGGAUUACAGAAUUGGCGUUUUCAUUGGCUAUUCUGAACAUGACUACACCUUUCCGUGUUUUAAUCUAAGAACUUUCAUUGAGGACGAGUUGGGAUUAAACACGUAUUUAUAUCAUCGAGACAUGAACGGGCCGGACAUGGCCAGGAGUAUUGUAGACGCUAUUAACGCCAGCUGGAGAAUUAUUCUGGUGGUCACCAGCAGCUUCCUCUUUCAGGACGAGUGGUCAGCAUUUACCUAUACAUCGGCCAUCUAUUCUCAAACGUGGGAGAACCCUUCACGGAUUGUCGUGUUGGUAGACACGAGUCUACAACACCUUUUACCUGCAGAGAUUCUCAGUGCGGUCAAUGAUGAUAACAUCAUUGUUGUACCAGACUGGGAACUUACCUCUACAUUACAACAACAGUUAAUGAGUCGUUUAAUUCAGUGA